AGGCAUGAACGUGAACGUGAACAUGAAGAUUUUCCUUUCAUCUCCACGUUCUUCGAAAGCCGAGUAAAUUAUGUUCAAGAUCAUCAGCUGCCCUAAGGGGGAGAAAGUUUGGCCAUAGGUAGACGCCCAAAACUCGAGAAGCGUAACAGAGAGAGGAUCCAUCGUAGGUUCCAUUGUGUAGCUGUUGUUGUGCUCGUUGACGUCGUUGGUGGUGAAAAUGGAUACCAUUCGAUCAAAAAUAUAUUUGUUGCACAAUGAGCUCAGUCAAGCUCUUUUUAGUGCUUCAAAUGCCGAAGAGAAGUCGUCCAAAACCACGGGCAUGGCCAAGGACUUGGAAAACAGGCAAAGGGAUCUGAUGAAGAAGAUUGCCAACAAAGAGAAUGACCUGGACAAGAUGGUGGAACAACUUGAUAAAGCUCAUCGUUCCAUUCACGAAAAGGAGAGAGGCCUCGUUCAAGCCAAAGAAGAUAAGAGAACUAUUACGGCUGAUAUUGAAAUCAAGGAGCAACUCUUAAGGGGCAACAAGGAGAAAUUCGAUGCCACUUCAACCAAUCUCACCAAUGUUUCAUCCAGAUCUGAGGCCUUGGAAAGAGGUCGAAAAGAGGUGGAACAUCGUGUUCUAUCAUACGAGGAGACCAUCGAUAAAUUGCAAGCGGAUAUCCGAGCCGCCCGUUAUUUGACAGACGAAGCCAGUCGCAAAUUUGAUGAAGCCACCUACAAAAUUGAAAAGAUUGAACAAGUCUUGGAGAGGGCUCUGGCGAGGGCUAGUAAGGCCGAAGACAACGUGGAUAUUUUGGAAGAGAAAUUGCGGAAAACCGGAAACGCUUUGACUCAAAAGGUGGCCAUGAAGGAGAAAUCGAGCAAGCGUGAAGACCAUCUCAAGCACGAGCUCCGGCAUUUACAGGCGUUGUGGAAUGAAGCCGAAUCUAGGACAGAGAUGGAAGAGGAUGAGGUCAAGAAGUUAGAAGCCUUGGAGAAGGUCCUGAAGAAAAAGUUCCGCAAAGGCUAGACAGAUAUGUAAAAUCUCAUAAACUCUGUCCAAAACAAAUUAAAGCUUAAUAUUUAAAAAAAAAAUGACAAUGAUGACGCAUGGUACAGCCUUUGAAUUAAAAUUGUAUUUAUAUUA